AUGAGUCUUGAGGAGGCCUGCAACAAGCCGAGUUCAAAUCCCUAUUUCCCAUCUAACAAUAGCGGGACAUGGCCACACUCACUCCAGUCCUGCAAGGAAGCAGAGAACAAGAACCAAAGAGGCCUUGCAAGCUUUGGAAACGGUGUUGUCCUGCCCACCUUUCUGGUUCCUGCCUGCUCUCCUCCGUCUCAGCUGGUCGGGCAGCCGCGGCCUGGGACGCGGCCCUCGUCCGGAUGGCUGCGGCGGCCGAGCCCGCGGUGUCGCCGGCGGGUAGCGGGGGGCCCCGCGUCGCGCCGCGACUUUUACUGGCUGCGCUACUUCCUGGCUGGAGGUAUUGCUGGUUGCUGUGCCAAAACAACAGUUGCUCCUUUGGAUCGAGUGAAGGUUUUGUUACAAGCACACAGUGAGCAUUACAAACACUUAGGAGUGUUUUCUACAUUGCGAGCUGUUCCCCAGAAGGAAGGGUACCUAGGAUUGUACAAAGGCAAUGGUGCAAUGAUGAUUCGAAUCUUUCCCUAUGGGGCAAUCCAGUUCAUGACAUUUGAACAUUACAAAACAUUCAUUAUUACAAAGCUGGGAAUUUCUGGUCAUGUGCACAGAUUAAUGGCUGGAUCCAUGGCAGGCAUGACGGCGGUCAUCUGUACUUACCCUCUUGACAUGGUUCGAGUGCGCUUAGCAUUCCAGGUGAAAGGGGAGCACACCUACACAGGAAUUAUUCAUGCUUCUAAGACCAUUUACGCAAAGGAAGGUGGUUUCCUUGGAUUUUACAGAGGUUUGAUACCCACUAUCCUAGGAAUGGCUCCAUAUGCAGGUGUUUCAUUUUUUACUUUCGGUACCUUAAAGAGUGUUGGGCUUUCCCAUGCUCCUACCCUUCUUGGCAGACCUUCAUCAGACAAUCCUAAUGUCUUAGUUUUGAAAACUCACAUUAACUUACUUUGUGGUGGUGUUGCUGGCGCAAUAGCACAGACAAUAUCCUACCCUUUUGAUGUAACUCGUCGGCGAAUGCAGUUAGGAACUAUUCUGCCAGAAUUUGAGAAGGGCCUUUUGCUCUACCUGGGGAUUGAACCUAUGACUUUGUACAUGCCAGGCGAGUGCUAUACCACUGAGCUGUACCCUCCAGCUCUCUUUUUGUUAACAAAAUUAAUGUGGUAUUUAAAAGCAGAAACUCCAUAA